AGCCACCGGGUUAUGCAUAUGGCCAACCGCACCGCCACCGCCACAGCAGUCCACAGGGCUAUGGGUAUGGCCAACCUCCGCCGCCACAGCCACAGCCACAGGGCUAUGGGUAUGGCCAACCUCCGCCGCCACAGCCACAGUCCACAGGGCUAUGGGUAUGGCCAACCUCCGCCGCCACAGCCACAGCCACAGGGCUAUGGGUAUGGCCAACCGCCACCGCCGCAGCAGCCACAGGGCUAUACGUAUGGCUAAUUAUUGUGGCCGAAGCAUUCCUAUGUAUCUGUUUCUGGGUUCUAUCCGAAUAA